ACAACCACAACACCAACAACUACAACCACAACCACAACUCCGACAACUACAACCACAACUCCAACAACUACAACCAUAACGACUACACCAAGUACAACAACUGUUGCGACGGACGGAGGAACAGGUCAGCAGACUGCACAAGCGGCACUACCUGCAGGAAUAAUGGCUGGUCUGAUUGCUGCAAUAAUUCUCGUCGUUAUGCUGAUCAUUAUCAUCAUCGUCGUCAUCGCCAGGAAAAGCAGAAAGUCCAAAGACAGAUUCGAGGGUCAAGUUCGGUUUGAUAAUAGAAUUUACAACCAACCAAACAAUCAACCCUUGGCAAAUAAUGCAAAUGGCGGACAGAGCGUAUUGUUUCCCAGGUCAAACAUCGCAGAACCGAAUCCGUAUGAUUCACUUGGGCCGUGUGCAUUAUCUACAUUCAAACCAUCAGACGAUUACCUACAUCCGGAAAGCCAUGCUUCACGAGGAGCAAAAAAAGGAGAAGAAAACCCGUAUGCAUCACUGCGAGCCAAUGAUAUGCUAAAAUAUUCAAAUUUUGUGGAGCUUCCUAAAGAUAAGACAGAUUCCCUCGAGAAUGGGUACAUGCACAUGCGUGGUAGCAGUAGUAGUGACGUCACGGAUGAUGUGUCGAAAGAUGGAACUUAUGUGAAAAUGAACUUUGAUUCCCAGAGACCGGAAGAAGAUGUUUUUCCAUCUAAUGGAACACUAAUUAGUUCAGAGAAUGAUACAGAUCCCAGUUCAUAUGUUAAUAAUGGUUACGCAACUCACAUCUCGUUAUCGAAAUGAACGUAGUUUGUAAUUAUCACACGGCAAUGAUCCCAUGCUAGUGUUACCUUCUUGUCGCCGCACGUGUCCGACUUCAAAUGGACCUACAUAUCCCCCUCCCACGGGAUCUAUUAAUAGACAUAUCUGUAAAUGGUGGUGCUGAGACUAGAUAGAUUAGAUAUGACAGUGCAUUUACUUAGAAAUAUUAUCCUUUUUUGUUAUUGCGAUCCAGCGAUUAUGUUUUAAUCAUAUAGAUAUGAUAAAUACAUAAAUUUUUGUUUCUAUUGUUUUGAUAUACAUAUUUUAUACUUAUGGUAAUGUUGUUCUCUCUGAAAUACUCCAUUGUGUUCGGUAUUUGACAGGUAUAGGACAAAGCCUCCCAGGUGAUGACAUGUACCUCUUACCUUGUUUUAUGUGAGAUUAUAUUUCAGUCUACUGUGCUCUAUGUUUACAUUCAGUAAACAUGACAAUUAAUAUCAAAACAUCGCCAUAGGUUAACGAUAU